AUGGCUGGACAGAUAACGACAGCAGCAGCAGCAGCAGCAGCACCAUCUGGUACUACUGAUCAAAAAGAUUAUAAUCUUCAAAAUGUAGCUAUACCAGUCCAACCAGUUACUGUACCAUCACGGAGUAAUUACGAUCUACCACCUGUAAUGGCUAUGGCAAAAUAUAGUGGAUUAUUUCCACAUGUUGCUCCACGUAGUAAAGAUCUUCUUCAUAUAUUAGUACAUGGUGCAGCUAAUUUACCUUUUAUUGAUGGUCGUCAACCACGAUGUUAUGUUACAGCACAAAGUCGUUCAACUAUGGCUACACAAGAUAUUGGUGAAACGAUUAAUGCAACAAAUGUUAUUGAAGGUAUUUCACCACAUUGGAAUGAAAUGAUAUAUGCUGAUAUAUUGGAAGAUACGAAUCAUUCUGAAGAGGUUAUUAUAUUAAUUAUUGAUGAGCCACGACAACGAACUAUAGCUGAACAUCGUUUUCCAUGGCGAUGGUUAGAACCAUUCUAUCAAUAUCAUGUAAAUUUACAGCAUACAUUAACCCAAACAUCUCAAACCACUAGUCUUUUUCUAUCUAUAAUGCGUAAACAAAGUUCAUUAUCAAAAGAAGAUAUACGUUAUUUUGGUUUGGAAGUUUUACUUAAUCGUUUCGAAGCACCAUUAAUAAAAACGGAAGUUUUAUAUGCUGUUGCACGAAUUGUACCUGACUAUGAAACAUAUAAACAUGAUAAUUUACGUAAUCAGGAUAAUCCACAAUUGGGUAUUGAUUUUCGAAAAAUAACAAUGCCAUCAGCACAAGAUUUUAAUAUAGCAACUUAUUCUUAUGGUGGUUUUCCACAAGUAUCAUUAGCAUCGAAAGAAUCAAAAGUACCAACAUGGAUGCAUAAUUAUUUAUUUUCACAUGAACACGAAAAAGAUAAUAUGUUUUCAAAUUCAGCUGCACUUGUUAUUGAAUUUUAUGGAUUUCGACCAAUUAAUAAUAAUCCAAAUUGGUUUAUUAAAGGUUUACUUGGAUGGGUCACUGUUCGUUUAGAUACACGAACAUAUGAUGCAUUAACAGCACCGAAUUCAGCUGAUGGAAUGAGAACAGAUGGUAUGCUGGUUGAAAGUGAUGGUCAACUAGUGGCAGAAAGUUCAAAAUAUUUAACAUCGGAAGUAUUACUUCGUCUCAUAGCAGAAAGACAUCCAGGAAAAAAUCUUGUAGGAUUUGCUGCUAGUAAUCUGCCAAUAUUACCUUCAUAUUUUGUCGAAGGUGUUCGACAUGGUGCUGGCGCUGCGCCACCUGUGUAUCUUCAAGUCACUACAGAUCAACCUGUUUUACCUCCAAUGAUGCCACAACAACAACAACAACAACCUGUUAUGCAAACAGGUUCACCAAUAAUUCCAGGAUCAUUUAUUGCACCACAAUUCUAUGGAGGAGGAUCACAAUAUGGUAUUCUACCAUCAAUUCAACUGAUCGAUAAAGGAGAUGGUGUUCGUUUUCAUGUUCCACGAAUUAAUCAAUAUGAUAUGACUGAUCUUCCGACAGAAUAUCGUACGAUGUUACCAGUUAAUUUUCCUCCACGUAGUGAUGAUGAUAUUGAUGGUUGGUUUGAUUAUUUUCAACGUGAAGUUGCUAAUUAUCAAUCAGCUAUUCGACGUGUAAUAGUAGAUGUUACACAAUUACGUCAACAACUUGGUAUUAUAACAGCUGCAAAUCAAGAUUUAAAAAUGCGAAUUGAUAAUUUUGAUAAGAAAAAAAAGGUUCUAUAUGAAAUAUUCGAAGGUGAUAAACUUGAUAAAGAAAAAAUACGAGAUAUAUUUAAUCGUUUAUCUGCAAGAAUAUCUGCUCAACAACUUGAAUUAAAAGAAAAUUAUGGAAAAAUAAGUACUUAUGAAAAAGACAUAGCUCGAAAAGGUGAAUUACGUGAUCAAUAUGAUGCGUUAGUUCGAACAAUGCAAGCACGUGAAAUUGAAUUACGUCUAAUGAGAGAACGUUUAGGAAAAGCGGAUGGACUUGAAGAAACAGUUCGACAUCAAGAAAUUGUCAUUGAAAAACUUGAAUCAAUGAUUAAUAAUUAUAUGCGAGAUAAACGAUCAAGAGGAAUGUUUACUGAUGUUGAUCAAACUUUCUUGUCACAACAUGCUUCACUUACUACAGAUUUUGAUAGACGUCAAACAAAUAGACAGGAGACUAGAAUAAUAGAGCGACCAAUAAUAGUAGAACGACCUGUGAUCGUGGAACGAACUGUUGUAGAAACUCGUCCUGCUGUAGAAAAUCGUACUGUAGUAGAACACAAUAGUCAUACAGGCCAUACGCAUACUUUACAUGAUCACCAUCAUCACGAUCAUGAUCAUCGAUGUUCAAUUCAUAAAGGACUACCGCGUAAAGCUACUGCAAUUAAGAAAACAGUUACUAUAGUGGACAACGAAGAUGCUAAACGACAAGCUGAAAUUGCUCGACAACGAGAUGAAGCAACACAACAACGUGAUGAAGCUGCACGACAACGAGAAGCUCUAUUAAAACAACGGGAAGAUCUCGUACGACAAAAUUUAACUUAUCAACAAGAAUUGGCUAAUCUCAGAGCUCGAUUUCAAGAAAAUGCUGCUGGAUGGGGUAGAGAAAAGGCCGAACUUAUCUCGAGAAUUAAUGAUAUUGAUCAACCUGUAAGUUAA